GUUCGUACGCCUAAGGUUUAGUAAACAUCUCUGCACUGCUUCUGAAAAGCGAGCAACUUGUACCUAUUUAUCCGGGCUUGGGACUGGCUUGCAACCACUGUGGCUAGAUUGAUCAACUUGUACUAAAUUUGACCAUGGAUCUUGUACUGAAUGUUGCUGACUAUUACGUCCUCACCCCGUAUGUGUACCCUGCAUCAUGGCCUGAAGACGGGGCUCUGCGACAGAUUAUCAGCCUGCUUGUGCUGACGAAUCUAGGGGCUGUAGUCCUGUACCUGGGCCUGGGAACCAUCAGCUACUACUUCCUCUUUGACCAUAAUCUGAAGAAACACCCACAGUUUUUAGAGAAUCAGGUACAGAGGGAGAUCAAACAUGCACUAACCUCUCUUCCCUGGAUCAGCAUCCCUACGGUGGCUUUGUUUUUCACUGAAGUUCGAGGAUACAGCAGACUAUACGACGGUGUCACUGAAUCUUCUCUGGGAUGGCCUGGGAUCUUCCUGAGUACUGUCUCCUUCCUGUUUUUCACUGACAUGUGCAUCUACUGGAUUCAUCGCUUCCUACAUCAUAAGCUCAUUUAUAAGCUGUUUCAUAAACCACACCACAUAUGGAAGAUACCCACCCCCUUUGCCAGCCAUGCCUUUCAUCCAGUAGACGGCUUCCUGCAGGGACUCCCAUACCAUAUCUAUCCUUUCCUUUUCCCCCUCCACAAGGUGCUCUACUUGGCCCUAUAUAUUUUUGUCAACAUGUGGACUAUCUCUAUCCAUGACAAUGACUAUCAUGUCCCCAGUGCUCUGACAAGUAUCAUCAAUGGCUCAGCUCACCACACUGACCACCACCUGUUCUUCGACUUCAAUUACGGCCAAUACUUCACACUGUGGGAUCACCUGGGAGGCUCCUACAGGCACCCCUCAGCUCUGAUGGGGAAGGGUCCCCACGAUCUGAUCCGGAAGCUUCAAGCAGAGGGAAAGCUAGGCAAUGACAGUGUGCAGGCUAAAGGACGUGCUCACAGAGGAAUCGCAUGUAAGGAGGAGUAACAGUAGGUGAAAUCAUGAUUAGUUGCUGAAGGUGAUCACUUUUUUGUAAAGACAGUGUGCUACUCAGCUGGCAAACAGAGAAUAAUGUGAUUGGUGAUAUUAGAGGCAAACCUUUGGGAUUGCUGCAUACCAGCCAUGCCAACAAGGAAGCAUAUAUUAAAAUCUGGAGCUGUAUUAUUGUCUUACAGAUCUUGUAACUGGAGCUUUUUCUUGUUUUUGUAUCAAACACAAAAGAGCUUAGCGCAAAAAACGUACUGCAAACCAAGAAGAAGGCAACUGGAUCUGCUACACUACCGGUGACAGACAUAAAUAAAUGUAAAUGUGAUUGGAAGUUUGACUUCAUUAUUUAGACUGGGGCUGUUUGGACAAGGAUCAACUGUGACGUAAACUUUAAUUUAACAAGUAGUUCAUCAUUGUAACUCAAGACUGAAUCUGAAAGAUGUGACAAACUGCUGUACUUCAGUAACAGUUCUCAUAAUUGUGCCUGUUUUUACUACUGGUUCAUACUAACUUUGUAUGUGCUACCUGUGUUAAAGGAAAUGCAAGUCAAGCAAAGCAAUGUUUAUUGAGACAAACAGCUGGAGCCCCAAUAAACC